AUGAAAACUGAUUUUAAUUAUUCAAUUUCAUUUUCAUGUUAUUCUUUAUGGAUUUCAAUAGAUGAAAAAGUUAAGUCUCUUCUGGUAAUCAAUAUUCAUAAGCAUAUUUUAGUUUAUGGUAUUGAUUUGAAUCUUAAUUUUAAUAUAUUUAAUUCAGCUAUUAUCAGUUGGGUCUAUUUUGACUGCAACUCAAAAAAUAAUCCUGUUUGGGGAUACUUACACCGUGUUCAUAUCUUUUUUAUUUUUAUUAGAAUUGUCAAUGUAAUUAGAUUAGCUCUAUUUUAGCCAUCAAUUCUUAUAAAGUAAAUCAAACUUAAGUUAGUAAUUCUAAACAUUUAUUAUUAGCUAGUUCAUUAUAGAAUCUUUAAUAGAUUGA